AUACCUCUAGAAGAUUGUGAGUAGUAUGGUUUGUAAUCUACAUCAGGCAGAAGAUUUCAUUGUUAUCUAGAUUAGGCAGAAGAUUUCAUUGUUAGUUCAAAGGACAAAGAUUUUUCUUCUUAUUUAUAAUGGGAGGUGACAGAUCCCAUGGUCGUGGGGGCAGUAAAAAGCCACGUGGUGGACAUUCAGAAAGGCCUUAUAGGAAACCUCGAGCAGCUAAGCAUGAUAAUCAUGAAAGAGAAGAGGGUGGAACAGGUUCACCGCACUCACACAAAUCCAAGGGAGGAGUCCGAGGAGGCGGCCACCGGGGCAGCUAUAGCAGUUCACGAGCAGGAUUUUCAAAAGCCAGAAGCAGCAGGAGAUAUGAGGAAGAAGAUUCUGGUGAAGAAACAACUAUAACUCGUCAACUACGGAAGCUUCUUCGUGAAGAUAAACUGGAUUCUUUUUCCACACAAAUGGCUGUACUCAAUGAUCUUCUCAUACUGCCAGAAAACCUGCAUUACAUCCAGCACUGCGCCCACUUCCUCCUUGACAGUUUGUAUGAGCUGCUCACUGCUGCCCCCAGCCAAGCCUGUAAGGUGCAGUCUGUGCAAGCCAUGGCCUUCAUCAGUCAUCUUCUUCCUCCUGAUGAUGAAAGGUUCAUCAAGCUUGUACUUGAGGGGCUGCGGGAUUCAUCAGAGACUUCGGCUGCACUUAAAGUCCUCCUGCUUAUGGCGCUCAGGAAAGCCAUUCUGCUCGACAGGAAUAAACGCUCUUCAUCUGUGUGUAGCCGUGAAGUGGUGGAGGUGGUAUGCGGUGUGCUGGAGGGCACUGAAGAGCUGUCGCUGAUGGUCGCUGCAGUGGAGGUACUUCGCGCUGUGUAUCAAGUCGCACGAGAACAUCUAAGUGAUUCAUUUGAGGAUGUUGUUGACAUUCUCAUUGGCUGGCACAUUGACACGGAGCAGAGCAUCUCUGUCCGGGAUUAUAUACGCGAGGCUCUGUCAUGUUUUCCUGAGCUCUGGCGAGAGCAGAGUGGCCUCAUCACUACUCUGCUGUCUCAGUUCAUUGAGGACAUGAAGGAGUAUUUGCAGGAGCUAGAAGCCAGUUUGACAGAAGACUACACUCCCGAUCCUGAUGCAGAGAAGCCUGACGUCUGUGCUGCUAAAGUAGAACUUUUUCUUGGAGUAUUUGGUUGCGUGCUGUCCUGCCACUCAGCAGAAGAAUCCUCGGAGCCGAAAGCCCUGGAGUUAGGGUUCCUGAAGAGUAGCCUCAACUCGGUCCUGACUGCGGCUGAAACAUUGCUCAGAUGUGGCUAUUGCCGCCACUCGUCUUCCUUGUUUGCCACUCUUAAUGACCUUAUGCGCCACUCACUGCAGGCAACUGCCUCUGUGCAGCAUUUGCAGUCGCAUUUGCUACGGCUGCUCUGCUUGCAGAAGCCGUUGUUGCAACUUGCGUCGCACGCUUCACAACUAGCGUAUCUCAGUCUUCUUGUAAAGAUUUUGGAGAACGCGAGCCUCGUAUCAGAAAUGUUUGGCAGCGACUCGCCGCUACGUGAGCUGCGCCUGAGUCGGGAGAGCUGCGUGUGGCAGGCUACCCUCAAGGUCUACCUCACUGCCACGGCUCUCAAGNCUACCUUGGCUGCCUUUUGA